AUGAGUUUUGAAACUGAAUUGAUCCAUAACAUCCUCUCUUCAGAUGACCAGGAGAAUCUACAGAAAUCCCUUUCCUGCAUUGUUGAGUGGUGUGUGGCAAAUUCUAUGGACCUAAAUAUCUCCAAGUCCCAAGUUAUCUCGUUCUCUCGCGCUACGUUAACCUUCAACUUUAACUACCAUAUUGGUGGUGUGCCCCUUAACAGAGUUGAUCGUCUGAGAAACCUUGGGGUUAUUUUGACCAGUUCACCAAGUCCUUCUGAUCAUAUUGCGUCCAUCACUUCUAAGGCUUAUGCUCUCCUUGGCUUUAUUGGAAGAUCGACAAGGGGCUUCAAGUCGCACGACUCAAUGCUGGUUUUGUAUAAAUCCAUAGUGCGACCAGUGCUUGAAUAUGGAACUGUGAUCUGGUCCCCUUACCAACUGGGCCACGUAGAAGACUUGAAGAGGGUGCAGACAUGUUUUUUGAGGAUGCUGGGAACUCGUCUGAGCUGCGCCUAUAUGGAAACGCCUGUUCUCCAACUGGAACAGCGUUUUCAUCUGCAGUCACUGUACCAUCGGCGCAUCAUCUUCGAUCUUCUCUUCCUGUUCAAGCUGAUCAACGGACUGGUGGGCUGCCCUGCUCUCCUGGAAAUGGUUGAUUUUAGCGUCCCUAGGGAAACGAGAUCACGGACUGUCUUCUGCCGCAAAUUCCUGCCCACGAACUAUGCAUGCAAGAGUGGUGUUGCAAGAAUUCUGAGGCAUGGUGGAGUGUGGUCCGGGCAGGUGGAUUUCUUCCUGAGGUACUCCAGCCCAGUUACCAAAGUUCAUAAGGCUGGGUCCGAGAUAUCUGCUCCUAACUCCCUCAAUACAUUCACUGUAUAA